CUUAUAUCUGCAUUGUUAGAUAUGAACUAAGAGGAUUUAUAUUUUCUACAAGGAUGGAAUUAUAGCAACGCAUAAUGUGUGUUUGUACAAAGCCUAAAAGAAUUUAACACAAGCAGUUGACAUGUUUUCUAAUGGCCUAAGACAAACAAAACCAGAAAUUACUUUAAUGACUUGUUUAGUGAGAAAAAGUUUAAGUUGAAUAAAGUUUUAAGGCAUUAGAAUAUAUUUUCCCUCUACGAUGGAUAAAAUUUCUACAGAUUUGCUCAGAAAUUGCACAAUCGAAGCAUUGAACAAAUACUCCGAUGAAUCAGUUAUUAAUGAUACUGAAAUUUUAAAUAGCAAUCGCUCAUACGUUUUGGAUAUUUUGGGCGAAUUGUAUUCACAAUAUUCAGAAAAUGAUGGAAGAUUACAACUUUCCUUCAGCUACAACAUCGUUUUUCUUGUUCUAACAUACGUCAUACCUAUAGUCAGUAUGCUUAUCUGUUACACUUUAAUGGGAAGAGAGCUUUGGGGAAGUCGAUCCAUUGGCGAGCACACGGAAAGACAAUUAGAGUCGAUCCAACUGAAGAAAAAAGUUGUUCGGAUGUUUGUUGUGGUGGUCACCAUAUUUGCAGUGUGUUGGCUUCCCUAUCAUUUAUUCUUCAUUUAUUCUUACCACGAUAAUCAAAUCAUGUCAACGAGCUACGUGCAACACCUUUACUUAGGCUUCUAUUGGCUGGCAAUGUCAAACGCGAUGGUGAACCCCUUAAUUUACUAUUGGAUGAAUUCCAGGUUUCGGGUAUAUUUUCAACGAAUUAUUUGUUUUUGCUGCUUUAAGGCAUGGAACAAAACAUACACCAAAAAGCACGUUUAUGAUAGGAGAAAUGUACAAAGGAAAACUCUGUCAGUGAAAUGGUCCCAUAACAUAGCUGAAACUAAAUUAUGCGAUGGAACAGCAGCAAAAUUAUCAUGUGAACAUUUCGUUCAAUCUCCAACAUCUCGAUUAAAUGACGUGACAGCUGGUAGUUCACUAAAGAAAUCGACAGAUGUUCCUAUCAACAACAAGGAUAAUGCAAAUUAUAAUCAUCAAUAUUGAGGAUUUCUUUCCGACUGCCUAACUAUACAAAAUGAGAAACCUUACGAAUUACCAUGGCAGCAAAAGAUUAUUUGGUCUUUAUUAUUCGGAGCCAUGCUAAUAGUGGCUAUCACGGGAAACUCAAUCGUGCUGUGGAUUGUAUUAGCACAUCGACGUAUGCGAACUAUAACAAAUUAUUUUCUCCUAAAUCUAAGCAUUGCUGACUUACUCAUGGCAUCUUUAAAUUGCGUAUUCAAUUUUAUAUUCAUGAUAGAUUCAGAUUGGCCGUUUGGUUCUACAUAUUGCACUAUAAAUAAUUUCAUAGCCAAUGUGACAGUCGCUGCUUCAGUCUUUACACUGGUGGCGAUAUCAUUCGAUAGAUACAUAGCUAUAAUGCGUCCUUUACAGCACAGAACAUCAAGAAAAAAAGCGAUACUUUUUGUAUUAAUAAUUUGGUUAACGAGCUCAAUUCUAGCAGCUCCAUGCCUUAUAUACAGCCAUGUUUCUUCAAGAAAAUAUUCCAGUGGAAAGACUAGAACAGUAUGCUUUAUGUUGUGGCCAGAUGGAGGAUAUCCUACUUCUAAAACAGAUUAUAUCUACAACAUCGUUUUUCUUGUUCUAACAUACGUCAUACCUAUAGUCAGUAUGCUUAUCUGUUACACUUUAAUGGGAAGAGAGCUUUGGGGAAGUCGAUCCAUUGGCGAGCACACGGAAAGACAAUUAGAGUCGAUCCAACUGAAGAAAAAAGUUGUUCGGAUGUUUGUUGUGGUGGUCACCAUAUUUGCAGGUUUCGGGUAUAUUUUCAACGAAUUAUUUGUUUUUGCUGCUUUAAGGCAUGGAACAAAACAUACACCAAAAAGCACGUUUAUGGUUGUUCGGAUGUUUGUUGUGGUGGUCACCAUAUUUGCAGGUUUCGGGUAUAUUUUCAACGAAUUAUUUGUUUUUGCUGCUUUAAGGCAUGGAACAAAACAUACACCAAAAAGCACGUUUAUG